CUUUCAGAAUCAGUGGCUCGGUCUAGCUGCCACGAAUCAUAAGCACGGUCCCUUUAAUUAGUGUCAAGUAAUUAAUAAUGAUAGAUAAAUUUAAUUUGUUACUCUUUGUAUGAUGGGAUAUCGGGGUUCUUGUGAAUUGAAAACAUUGCUGCUUUUGUUUGUGUUUUUCUCAUUAUUUGUAGAGACAUGUGUGGCAAUAAAUGUUACAACAGAGGACCCUAACGAAGAGACAACAAUAGAGGAAUCCAUUACGACAACAACAACAACAACAACAACAAUAGUUACUACAACAACUGAGGAUGAAACAACCACAGAUGUCGAGACAACUGCCGAAAGCUCUGAUGUCACAAAUAUUAAUACAGGGUCUGAAGAGACAACGACUUCUUCUUCAAACAACGACGUGACUACGAGUGACGACAUUACGACAGAUGACGACACAACAGGAAGUGACGAAAACUCGUCAGAGGAAAAUCCUACAACAGAAUCAUCGAUAUCAUCAACAGAGGACGAUGACACAUCAGAGAGCACUGAUGACGUCACUUCUACCAUAGAAAGCAGCACUGUUGAGGUCACCACGGUCAUGGAAACAACAGCUGAGACCACUAGCGACUUACAACUGAAUCCAAAUAAAUCGGACAGCGAAAAAAGCGAAGCCAAUGUUCUUGUUAUUGCCAUUGCUGUUGUAAUUUGUAUGUCAGCGAUUGUUGGGGUUACGGCUUUGGUAUACAAGUCAGCCAUGAAACCAAAGAUAGAAGAUUUUGAAUACGACCCGGAGGAACACAGUGGCAUCAAAACAAAUCCAUUCGAUGAGAAUGGAAUGAUAAUGUGGUACGAAAAUUCUCAGGUGGCGCCAUUUAUGACAGAACUCACGAUAAUCAAAACUCCCAUAGAAAGCGUACCCGAGCCAGAAACCCUGGAGGAUCAAUCCCAACCGAAGGGCCAACAGAAAAGACAUCCCAGAAAACCGAAACGACGAAAACCUCGACGGAAAAUCAUUUCCAUAUACGACUGACUACAUUUCAUUCAGAAAGACGCCAUCUUCUUUUCUUGUUCGGGAUAAAUGCCAGUAAAUGAAGGGGAAAAAAUAUUCCCAUUAAAGGUUUCACAUACCAAACAACUUUUUUUCAAGGGACCUAGACACGAUUUGAAAUCAAUUUUUUUUAAUUCAUUUGUAUAAAAUGGUUUACUAGUGCAUUUUGAAUAGUUGACCAAAAUUUGAAUGUUUAAAGUCAAGUACUGAGAGAGAUACAGGGGAAGAAUUGAUUGUUGUGUUAUCAAAGCUCGAGUCUUAUAUUUGUUUACAAAUAAUUAUGUAUUGCAAGAAAUUACCAUUUCUUUGACAAAAUGACUCGUUGUAAACAAGAUAAACUGAUUCAAUGUAUUCAUAAACAAUAUUUUCGACAGAAAAAGCGACAUUUGAUUGAAACUUAUACCAAUAAAACACACAUAGGUACACAAUACAAGACUCGAGUUUUGUUUACAAAGAAUGUCAAAUUCUAUAUCUUGCUUGUAACUCAAUAUGUGAAUUUUAAAUUUUGAUGAGACAUUAAAAAUACCUAUAUGAACCAUUCUAAACAUUGAAAAACGGGAAGACGGGAAAAUAAAAAUAAAAAUUUUGAGCCUAAAUCAGGUCUAAGUUCGUUUAAAAAAAUUAUUGACUUCCAGUUGUGUCGAAUUUGUUAAUUAUUUUUUCGUUUGUCUCUUUUGUACCUUUUUAAUUUAUAUCAACAAACAGUAUCUGUAUACAUGUGCAUUCUCGACUAUCCUACACUAAGAAAUAGUUUCCUAUACCCAUCAGCCUCAACAUCAUAAUUUGUUCAUCAUUUUGAAAAAUUCAUUUAUACAUGAAAGAAAGAGUGAUAAAUGAACUAAACACGUCGAAUAAUUGAAUGUUACACCUUUUAAUUAUUGUAUUUUUUUCACCAUAACUGUUAUGUGUAUCCUUUCCAUAGACGCGGCGUUUUGAUGGAUAUUUAGAUAAUAAUUAAUCGACGUAAAAAGAUCCAAAUAGAUAUAUACAAACUCAGAAUGUUAUGUUCAAUUCAUGUCGUUGUCACACAAAACCAGGUCAUUUUAAUGCAUGUACUUAUUAUAUGUGAUAGUUUUACACGGGGAUGGAAAAUUGUUGUCAAUUCUCUUUUAUUUUGUACCGCUUUCCUGACCACUUCUAUCGAACAGUACUUAUAAUAUAUCAACGGGUUGGUCUUCUUUUUGGUAAAAAAAAAAAAGGAACCGUUUUACAAAAAGUUAAAAAAAAAUAUGAAACAUUAUCAAAAAUAUUGUUUAUUUUUCAAAAACAAAAUACACAUAAAAGCAAAAUAAAUUAUAUAAAUAAAUUUGAUUAUCAAUCAGUACAAAAUUAUGAUAUCGGAAAGGGAAAUACAUGUAAAAAGUUUGAUUUUCACCUGAGUUUUUUUUUCAUAUCACAAGAAGUAAAUGUAUAAACAUUACACAUUCAAUUAUGGACAUUGAAUAGUAACCUUUUUAACAAUUCUAAUAAUAUCUAAAUUGCUAGUUAAUUAAACUUUAGUUUUACAUCACACUUUAUGACAUAGCAUCGAUAUCGUACAUCUAUUUUAUUAGCCCGAUUUCGGGGGGGGGGGGGGGGG